AUGGAUUCCACAGUCCUUCUCCUCCUCUCUCUCAUCCUCUUCUCCGUCUUCUCUCUCUCAUCCUCGAUCCCCUCCGAGAGCAUCGCCGACGCCGCAGAUAUCCUGGCCGACUCCGGCUACCUCUCCAUGUCCUUAACUCUGGAGGCCGUCUCCGACACCCUCCUCCCAAACUCUUCCUAUCUCACCAUCUUCGCUCCAGCCGACGGUGCCUUUGUUCGCUCCGGCCAACCCUCUCGAUCGCUCCUCCAAUUCCACUUCUCUCUCCUCCCUUUGACCCUCCAAACCCUCAAAUCCCUCCCCUAUGCCGCCAAGAUCCCCACCCUGUUCGCGCCUCGCUCACUCACCGUCACCACGUCCCCGUCCGACGACCGAAUUUCGCUAAACCACGUCAUGAUUACCGGGUCGCCGAUAUUUGACGAUGGGCUGUUGAUUAUCCACGGAAUCGACCAGUUCUUUGAUCCGAACUUCGAGGUUUCGGUGCCGGUUCAGAUCCCCGGGUCGAAUCUUGGAUGUGGGUUUUCAACGGAAAAUGGAACGGUUGUUUUUUCCGGGGCUAAUUCGUUCCGCCAAGCCAGUGGGGUUUUGAGGUCCAGUGGGUACUCUGCGAUGGCUGUGUUUCUUGAUGUACAGGUGCCGGAGAAUAAGGAGCGGAAGAUGAUGACUGUUUUUGCUCCGUUGGAUAAAGCCAUGCUGACAAGGAUCGGUAAUUUCAGCGAGCACUCGUCGAUCUUUCUCCGGCAUGUCGUUCCCUGCAGGCUCCUGUGGAAUGAUUUGGUGAAAUUCGAUGACGGGACGGCGAUGGUGACAUAUUUGGAGGGGUUUACGAUAAAUUCCACGAGGUGCGGCGAAGAAUUGAUGCUCAAUGGCGUGCCGGUUUUGCAUCCGAACAUGUAUAUCAGUGACUGGCUCGUGGUUCACGGCCUUCGCGAGGUUCUUUCGCUGCCGGAGAGGCCACAAGAAGUUGCAGGAGUUACAUCCGAGGAGAAUUCGCCGGAAAACUGUGAGUUCUAA